UUUUCGUACCUUUAAUGCAAUAAUAUGUGCAUUUUGAAGCAUGCCGAUUCAGGCUCCCUCAUGGACAGACUUUCUGAACUGUCCCAUCUGCGGCAAUGAGUUUGCGGCCAGUCAGCGGUUCCCCAUCAGCUUGGGAUGUGGGCAUACCAUUUGCAAGCUCUGCCUGACCACCCUCUACAAUCGGCAAUGUCCCUUCGAUCAGACCCAGAUUGUCACCGACAUCGACAAUUUGCCCACUAACCAUGCUCUGCUCCAGCUGGUGGCCAAGGGUCCGGGUCCAGGUCCGGGUCCGCCCGGCAAGGACUCGGUGGAGCCUUCUGUGGACUUUUCACAGCAUGCGCCACCCAGUGUGCAGAAGCUCGAUCCGGAGCAGCUCAAGUGCUACAAGCUCGGGAAGCAGUGCAUCGAGGAUCUGGCCCUGCACCUGAAGUCCUUCCUCAACCUCAACAACGGUAACCUGCUGACGCGACCCAUGCAGCGCAAGCUGGUGACGCUGGUCAACUGUCAGCUGAUGGAAGAGGAGGGACGCGUGCGGGCAUUAAGAGCGGCCCGUUCGUUGGGUGAGCGCACCGUCACCGAGCUGAUCCUACAGCACCAGAAUCCCCAGCAGCUCAGCUCUAACCUGUGGGCGGCGGUGAGGACGCGUGGCUGCCAGUUCCUGGGCCCGGCCAUGCAGGAGGAGGUGCUGAAGCUGGUCCUGCUGGCCCUGGAGGAAGGCUCGGCGCUGUCCCGCAAGGUGCUGGUCAUGUUUGUGGUGCAGCGCCUGGAGCCGCAGUUCCCGCAAGCCUCCAAGACGAGCAUCGGCCAUGUGGUGCAGCUGCUCUACCGCGCCAGCUGCUUCAAGGUGUCCAAGCGCGAGGCAGACUCCUCGCUGAUGCAGCUGAAGGAGGAGUUCCGCACCUACGAUGCCCUAAGGAGGGAACACGACGCCCAGAUCGUUCAGAUAGCCACCGAGGCAGGGCUACGGAUCGCGCCCGAGCAAUGGUCUUCCCUCUUGUACGGCGACGUUCUGCAUAAGAGCCACAUGCAGAGCAUCAUCGACAAGCUGCAGACGCCGUCUUCCUUCGCCCAGUCGGUGCAGGAGCUGGUCAUCGCCCUGCAGCGCACCAGCGACCCCGCCAAGCUCUCCAAUCUCCACAAUCAUCUGAAGUACCUGGCCAACAUCGAUCCGUGCGCGGAGGUGGCCCCCUGGCAGGACGUGGCAGAGGCCCUGGAUGCAGUGCGUCACUCCGUCGUGGGCCUAGUUAACUUCCUGCAACAUCAUGGCGUACGCAAGACCCAGGACGCCAUCGGCAGUGCUGGAGCAGCUAUCAGCAAUCCGAAGUACAAGAUCAGCCUCUGCCGGGACCUGAACGUGCGGCGUGUGUGUCCCCGCGGCGCCAGCUGCACCUUCGCCCAUUCGCAGGAGGAAGUGGAGCGCUACCGCGCGAGGAACAGAGGUAAACACAUCAAGACGUCUCUGCCAGGACCACCUCUGAUGGUCGGAGACGAUUGUCAGGUUCUGGGCGUGGCGCCCAUGAUGCCGAUGUCCCCCAUGCACUACAUGGCAUCACCCAGAGGCUACCUCGACCCCAACGCCAACCUGCCAGGCCUCGGACUCUCUCCAGGAGCCACCCAUCCCCCACAGCCACCACAGCUGCUCCAUCACCCCUCCAUUGCCCGCCAGAUGAAUGGUCUGAUGGUGCCCGGGCGCUUCGAUCCGCGCUUCAACUACGGCCCCGGACAGCCGAUCGCACAAUCCAGGAACCCCUCGCCCAGGGAGUACCAGGCCAGUCCUGGCCCCGUCCCCGUCCCAGGGCCCCCACCACCGCAACAGCAACAGCCACAGCAACGCAAUCUAUCCAACCCACCGAGCUUCAAUGUCAAUAGUAACCUCCACAAGGGUUAUAUGCUUCCAGCGGAUGUGUUCCAUCCCACGGCCUAUGGCUAUGGCAGCGAGGAGAAGCUGGGCCAUCCCUGGGAGCAGCAUCCCUACCAGCAGCAGCAGCACCAACAACAGCAACAACCACAGCAGCAGCAGCAGCAGCCGCCGCCGUCCAGCAAGCCGAAUCCCAGCCGACCGUUGUCGAUUUUAGCCGCAACAGCUGAUACCUCAUUUUAUGAAAAGAAACCGCCGAAUAAUGUUAGCAUAGACAUGGACAUGGCCAAGCCCCUAGCUUCCCUAGUUGCUUCUGGUUCUGGGGCUGGCGAAGCGGCAGGCGAUGUCUUGGAUGCCCUGCCUCUCUUCCGACGCACCAAUAGCCAGAGCCACAAUCACAAUCACAGCCACAGCCACGGCCAUAGUCAAGGGCAGAACAACUCCUCGCUGCUCUUCUUCGAGCGCUCCGAUUCCAUAUUGAACGAUGAUGGGUCCACAUUCGACAUGCCCACAGGCUCCUCCAUGCACAGUCGCUAUGGUCCGAUCUGUCCCAAAAACUCGGCGGCGAGCAACUGGAACAACUGGAUCAUGGAGAACGACACGAGCAGCGAUCUGGGCUAUGCGGGCUACAAGGCCGAUAGGAAUGAUAAUUUCAACAGCCACAAGUCGUCGCAGAUGUGGGGCAGGAAGCCGCAGCUGCUGUCGGAGGAUAGCUUCGAGGGCGGCAUCGACAGUGGGAUGAUGCUGCAGCUGGAGAAGAAUCUGGUAGACAUUGUGGAUCCCGAUGACAGCGGCAUCAAGGUGGACUAAAACCUUAGAACCAUCACACACUCAGCCAGAGGAUAUAUACUACCGAUAUAUCUACCGAUAUGUGCGGGGGUAUAUACGAGUAAUAGUAAUAUGUAUAAUGCAAUCAUUUUACACACAUCGUUAGAGGUUUGUACCGCACGAAGCCAAGUUCAAACUCUGGUAGAAUUGUAGUCGUAAAACAGAACAGAACCCUCCGCGCUCCGAUCCGUUAUUGGAUCGGGGCGGAGCCAAAAGAAGUAGCAGCAACAAGAAAAAAAGAGAAAGAAAACAAGAAAACAAACAGAGAGAAAAUCGGGUUGGGUAUCCUCUAUUAGAAUCUAUUGUAUAAUUAUGUAAUUGUCUAUUAGUUCAUUGUUCAAAUUGUGAAUCGUCUUCGGCCAGCCGAACUAAAUGUGUUUUUAUCCAGAUGUUCUCGUCUCGUGUUACGUUUUCAAAUUAAUCGCGGGGAUUAGUAGCAAAUGGAAAGGAAAAGCAAAGAAAAGCAACUCAGUCUAGAAUAUUCAAUUUUGAUGUCUAACCUAGAAUAUAGCUAUAAUAUCCAUCACCACUACCCCCCUACACCCCAUAGAGAUUCCGAAGGAAAAGGCUAUAGCCAGAUUUUACAACAAACAAUUUUUACAACCGUCAAUAGCAAUGUCUACACCGUAAUUAAUAUUGAUUUUGAGAUCAAAGUACAACUGAAUUUUAUGUCCAAAAUCCAUAAACUACCCAUCCACCCCCAAUUAUUUGUGAUCAGAUUUUGAUUGAUUGUAAUGCUAUAUACAUAGAUAUAUACAUCAUACAUAUACUAUA